UUCCAACUUUGCAGCGUCAUUCUCCACGCGCCCAACACGCCCACGGUCCCAACGAAAAAAAACCGACACCUGAUCAUCAAAACAACCUCCCCGGUCUCGAUGCCCCGCAACUGCCAUCAAAGAAUCUUUUCGUGACAAGAGAUUCGGUGCGAUGGACGGAAGAAUAUCCAAGGCCCGGCAUCGCCACUCCCGUUCGGAGCCCUCCAAGGCCUUACAGGGGAAACUGCUCAACGCCGCGACAGGGAAAAGUGCAGAAACACUGAGUAAAGACCGACCUCACGAGGCGACCCCGGAACCAGUGAAGAGGCCCUUUAAAACUUGUUCUCACAACAAUCCAUCGCUGGUGAAGAGAAUCCGAUUAAUGCAUGGGCAGGCAAACAAGACAGCACUGCAACAGCCAAAGCCGACGACUCCCCGCCAACCACACGCCUCCUUUCCGGAAGACUUCGGCAACCCCAAUUCCCUUACCCAUCCGAGGUCCCGCGAGUCUACCUAUACUCACAUUUUGGACUGGCUCGAAUCUGUUGAGCCAGGCCGAACGAGAUACUGCAGGUCAGAUACCCAGCUUCACCGUUUAGGCGAGCCCAUUCCGAAGCAGCUCACUCGAUCGGCACCGGAGAUGGCUACAAUUCGGGAUCUCGACGGCUUCGUACUUCCGUCCACGCCGGCCUCUGCUGCGCCUCGUUCAAACCCGGGAACUCUACAGACGGGGUCGGCCGCACCAUCAAAUGUCUCCCACCGCUCCUCUGUGGAGGGUCUGGUCGAGAAGCCGGUAUACCGAGAUGUCAACCUUGCGGCAAACAACAUCUACCUGCUCCCACGCUGGGAACAAUUGCCAGAUCAUAUCGCCGACAUUGUUCGGUUUGUCGGUACGGACCGGGACUCCCCCGGUCUUUCGACCCAAGACGUGGCGCAAGAUGUUGAUCUGGAUGCGCUCUGGACGCAAGGCGGAGAGUCGGAAGUCGAAGAAUACUGCAAGCAUAGCAUAUUCCCGAGGUGUCAUCCCACAGACGUGUUGCGCCGGAGUGACAGGCAGCCAAUGGCCAGAGACACUGUUCCCAAUUCCGGAUCCAACUACAAAGUCAGCAAUCCAGUCCCCGAUAUGCUCUAUGGAUAUAACCGCCAGGCCGCCUUUCCCCAACAGCAAACCCAGCUCAUUUUCCUGGGAUCGGAGAUGAUCGCAAACAGCCAAGGUCUGGUUUAUCCGUUCUUCGUCAUCGAGUUUAAAGGCGACGGUCCGUCUGGUGCUGGGAGUUUCUGGGUGGCAACGAAUCAAUGCCUAGGCGGAUCUGCAUCAUGCGUCAACAUUGCCGAUCGCCUUAACCGCCGGCUCGCGGAGUGCGACAACAAAGAAAUCAGUGCGAUCGAUAGUGCCACCUUCAGCAUCGCCAUGAGUGGUUCUGAAGCCCGGCUCUGUAUCACCUGGAAACAUGACGAGCUCGCGUAUCAUAUGGCGAAUGUCAAGAACUUCCUGCUCCACGACCCGGACCAUCACAUUCAAUUUCGCAAGUACGUCCGCAAUAUCAUUGAUUGGGGGAAGGGGAGACGGUUGGACGAGAUCCGGUCCUCUUUGGAUGCGCUGUCGGAGGAGAGUAGGAAGACGGCUUCCGAGGACGCAAAAUCUUGCUUUUCGUACAACUGUAAUUGAUGACUCAGCAAGCACGGGCCAACACCUCGCCCGAAGUUUUGCUGGCCGAGAACCUAUUCGCG